AUGACCGAUUCCAGCAACUUCGUUCUAAAACGUAUAGGAACGUACGAUCUGACUGGAAAUCGGCUGGGCAAGGGCAACUUCGCCUACGUCGAGUUAGCCACGAAUCGCAUCACCAAAACCAAGGUAGCGAUGAAAGUCAUAGACACACGUAAAAUCAAAGAUGAAUACGUCAGGAAAAACAUCCUACGCGAAGCGCUGCUCCUGAAGAAAGUCAAUCACCCCAACAUUGUCCGAUUGUACGAAACCCUCAAACAGCACUCUAUUUACUGCAUCGUGACCGAAUAUGUUCCCGGAGGCGAGUUACUGAGCUAUUUGCGUCGGCAGAAUGACUCGAAAUUGAGCGAAUCACAGGCCAGGCCGAUCAUGAGACAGCUCAUUUCCGCGUUGUACCACAUGCAUCAAAGUGGAAUCGUUCAUCGCUGCGUGGAACAGACGAGACAAGAAUCACUUAAAACUGCUGUCAAACAAAGGAUUCAGAAGACACUAGGCAUGGUUGUCUGUAAAGCACCAGCUGUGGUAGAACUAUGA